CUGUGGGGUGCUGGAGUCGUCUCUCUCGGUAGAUUCCAACAAUUUGUGGCUUGAGACGAAAAAAAAGGUGAAACAAGUGGAUAAAGAGGUACACGUGCGUUUUGUUGACGGGUUUAUUUUGUUGCUUUCGGAGCUUUGAUCCAGGAGGAUGGAAGAUGACGAGUUAAGCAAGGUGAUGGAGGUGUCGCAAUUGGGCAAAUUCAAACUGGCGGAAUAUGCCGCUCGAGAUGGCGAUGCCCUCUACUACAAGAUCCUCCUCGGCAAUUUAUCCAUAAAAUUGCACCUUAGUGCUCUCGUAUCGUCGGAAAAUCUCCAGUCAACACUGGAAAAAUCGAUUGAAAAUGAUUACGACAAGUGCAUUGAAUGGCUGUGCCUCGGUAUAUCCUCGCUAUACUCAUUCAUUCAAUGUAAUUGGACUGGUCCAGAGGUGACCGAGGACGUUGACUGGCUGCUUCAGAAGCGGAGCGAAGCAGCCCAAGCAUUAGCACUUGGAGAUCAGUGUAAUGACAACGUUCAACGCCUCCAGUGUCUAUACCUCGCUAAGCUCAUUUUCACGAAUAAAACAUUACAAAGCGUUUGCCCUACCGCACUGUGGUGGCUGUUGCGAGCGAAUCUAGUCCAUCAAUUAAUAAUGGAAGAGGAGUCGCCGGUUCUACUCGAGGACAGUGAGCGACUCAUUGAAAAAGUCAGGGAAUUGGACAUCUGGAAAAUUCCGGAGUUCGAUUACUUGGAGACUUUGUUUAAUGUCGAAGCAGCACAAGUGUGGCUGUUCUAUCGACAUAUUCCCAAUGCUGAAAUCUACCUGGAGAGAGCUCAUGCUUGUGCUGGGCUCACCCUGGAGCUCCGGGGAGCCAUGGGAAAACGCACCAAGUAUCAGGCAGACGAGAAGGCACAGUUAUUUCUGAGUAUUCAGACUGAGAGAGAGAAUUUUCCGUUUGACGAGUGCCCACAACUUCCUAUGUCACUGCAUUUAAAUGACGAUUUGAGAUUGGAGAGCAUCAAGUUCUCCGAGAGUAUUCAACGGGACAAACUCGGCUGUGUCGAGGAAACUAUUGUCAUGGCAAAAUGCAUUCAUUUGCAAUUAUGUCAACCAAAAGAUCACCUUGCUGAGGAAGAAAUCACUCCAUAUUUGAAUACAAUAAUUGAAAAUACGAAAUGCUGGCCAUUGAAGAUGGAAGCAUUGCGCCAGCGUUGCCUCCUCGAGAUGCGGGACAAACGCAGCAUAGACCGUGCUCUAUCGCAAUCAGAGUGUCUAAUUACUCACUAUAGUAAUCCGGAGCCCAGUGUAUACCACCGAACGUACAAUAUAUUUGCCUCCGGUAUGAAACCGAUCUGGCACUUCAAGGAGAUAUUGGCGGAUACAAUGCUGAGUCUUGGAAUGGUUAAGGGGGCUCUAGAGUUGUACCUAAAACUUCAUCAAUGGGAACAAGUUAUUGUUUGUUAUACACUCCUGGAACUCCGUCACAAGGCAGCUGAAAUAAUUCGCCAAGAAAUCGCGAAGAAGCCAACGGUGAAACUGUGGUGUUUGCUCGGUGAUGCAGAACAGGAGACAUUGCACUACGAAACCGCUUGGAAAUUAUCAAACGAAACAAGUAGUAGAGCACAACGUCACUGGGGUAUGUAUUACUUUUCCAAACAAAAUUACGAUGAGGCAAUACCUCACUUGAAAAAAUCAGCUGAGCUCAACAACAUUCAGGAGAAUGUGUGGAUCCGCUUGGGCUUUGCUGCCCUACAAGUUGAAAAUUGGAAAUUAGCAGCAACAGCGUACAGACGUUAUUGUGCACUCGAACAAACGAGCUUCGAGGCGUGGAAUAAUUUGGCAAAGGCUUAUAUCAAACUUGGUGACAAGGAGCGUGCAUGGCAUUCACUUCAGGACGCGGUCAAGUGUAAUUACGACAAGUGGGAGGUAUGGGAUAAUCUGAUGGUUGUUAGUAUCGAUCUUGGAUACUUUUCCGAUGUCAUAAGGUGCUACCAUCGUAUACUGGAGCUUAAGGGCAAACACAUUGACCUACAGGUACUCAAUAUACUGACAAAAGCUGUUGGCAAUGAUGUUAUCGAUGCCGAUGGCCAGGGAUCAGGCAAAUUGAUGCAUAAAGCACUUGAACUGUUUGGGAGAAUAACAUCGAUGGUAUAUAAUGAUCCAGAUGUUUGGAGGCUCUAUGCACAGCUAACUGUCAUUCAGGGUAAUGAUGUAGAUUUUCAAAAGGCCGCGCAGUAUUUGCAAAGGGCUUAUCGAUCCACUGUUGCUGAUCCUAGGUGGUUCACUGAUACCUAUUCCAUCGUCAAUGUUCUUCAGCUGUGUCAUGGACUCGCUGAUGCUUAUUUGAAGUGCUCUGCUACUGCUCAGGAUAGGUAUAAAAAGGUAUUGCUGGGGAGUGCAAAGUUGGCCAUACAAGCGGUUAUUACUAAAGUCAAACAGGAAGCCAUUGCUUCGGAGGAUGUCGACAUGCGACUCGCUAGUCUUGAGGAUAAACUAGGGAUUGUUAUUCAUGAAUUGGAGAAUGUUAAGCAAUCCUCGUGAAAGAGCCGUGAGGGGGGAAAUGGCCGGUGGAACGCUGACAAUUGUUUUGUUCGGCGGCGAAUGGUUAAAUAGUUCCGGCCGAUUUUACAAGGGUGUUUAGGGGAUAUGGAUGAAGAUAAGGCAGAUAACGGAUGUUUUAUGGAAGAUUUUUUCAACGACGAUAUAAAUACUGAUUCAAUUCGAUGUCGGGAUUAUUUUUGAGAACUCUCCUGAUGGUCAUUGGCCUUGAGGAUAUUCAUAAAGCCGCUACGAAACUCUCAAGGAUUCAAGUUUCUGAGAGAGGGCUAGUAUAUACAGCUGUUAAAAAAAAAAUCACCAUCUUCAUUAGAUUCGGAGAUAUUCCUAGGCGGGUUAGGGUUGAGUUGACUAGAAUGUUUUUACCGCUUCGUUGCUGAAUUUUUAUUCAGCGGGCAAAUGGAGUCUUCGUGGAACAUCCGCUUUUUUGAUACAUUGUGCUGUAUGAGUUAUGGAAUAUACUGAUCAAAGCGAUAGCCUCGGAUAUUAGCCAUGGAGAUGGGGCUAGAUCACGCAAAUUGCAGCAUAAAGUGGUUGAACUAUUUGGUGAAAUAACAGCACUCGAGCGUAAUGAUGCCGAGCGGGGAAUGUGGUGUGCGUUGACUUGAGGAGAAUAUCCAUGUAUUUUUUACUUUGGUAUAGAUUAUACUGCAAAUUGAACUAUUCUCAAUCAUCGAAUUUGUUUAUUGAAACGGGAAGUCAUGAAUAUUGAGCGUUAUAGAAUUAUAUUCUAUACUAUAAAUUAUUAGUCUCUCAAAGAGUCUGUGUCUAUGAAUAAGUAUCUGAGAUAAGUGCAAUUGUUGGAAUUGACGAUUUUUUUUCUCUUCUAUCUUGCUCCAACAGUUAAUUUUGGAAUUUUUAUCAGACUUUUAAAGGAUUUUUGAACGGUUCGCUAUCGGGACAUGAAUUUAAAUUUCUCAAAUUGUCUUAAUAACAUCAUUGUAAAUUAUUGGAUUGAAAAAAUUAGAACAUGUCUCAAGGGAAGAAAUAUCGGAAGUUCUGAAACACCCUAAAUUAUUCCAGAGGUGAUACUCCUGGCUAAAAAUCACAAUAAUGUUUAAUACGUAUCCUUCCUUGGGCUGUUUCGGCGACUGUCGAUGUGAAUGUGUUAAAAAAAUGAAACUAGUUGGUGGUGAAAUUAUCGCUCAGUCUGUUAUUCCAGGAGUUUAAUGAGAAAAGUUAAUGGUGAUUGAUGUUGAGAGGGGGCUGGAAAGAAUAGUGGACGAACUUCAAGUGAUUCUUCAGCAAUUCAAUGGAAUAAAUCAAUCUGCAUAAA